GAACCCCGCCGAAAAAAAGCCAGGGUACGUCCCAUAAUAUGAAUUUAUAUUCACAGGGCGAAGUAACUCGGCAAGAAAUGGGCGGAAACCCGCUGGGGAGAGGAGCUGAGAAAGAUGAAGGAAGACCGUGGACCAUGGUCAACCAGGAGUGUUGAUAGCUUUGUCUGGAGCAUGGACCCGUGCCAGCAGCCGUUUACGGACCCUAUCAAAAUUCAAGAGUCCGGCACAAUCCUCACGCCUGACGCUGGAAGGGCCACCUUGCUCGAACCGGAAGCCAGGCCACCGUCAGUGCACCCCAUGGCUACUUCAGCGCAUCGGAUAUUUGCUGUCGCUUCGAUUCGACCUAGUGGCUUUCCAGUAGGGGAGGCGAAGUACAGAUGUGUGGCGGCCUUACGCACCGAGAGGUGCUCUGGGAUUGUCGCAGUCAAAGCGAUGCUCCGUUGUCUGAUCCUCGCGGGGCAAAGGGAGAACGCAGAGGUUAUUCGGGCUGAGCUCCGAACUAUCGAUGGGAAGUACGGUCGGUGGGGAGGCGACCCCAAGAUCCCCGACGUCCCAUGUCCGUACGUCGCCUUCGUGCUUGGGGCCGCCUAUACUACCGACUUGAGCACUCCUGGGGAUUUCUACUACUCCCAUGCCAGUUUCCUGUCCGCAGACAUAGGCAGUACCGAGGCAGGACCCGACGAUGACGGUAUCUCUGUGAUAGACCUCACAGACCCGUUCCACCCUACCUAUUGCUUUGUGUCGGUGCAAGGGCUGGGGACAUCUCUCCAGCCACCGCUCCUGCAUCCUCUGUCUGCCGCGCAAUAUCUACGCGCAUAUUUUCCAUCGCCAGCAGGGCUCGUGAACAUCGAAGCGGAGAUCCGACCCGUCUUGCCCAUAAUCCGGAGCUACAAGAUACUCGAUAGACAGGCUUUGUUUGAGGCCUGGCAGGCAGAGUACGGGAGCGAGAUCUUUCGGCUGAGCAUCGACAUUGCAGGCCCGUCUCCUCAGCAUAUCGCGUCCCUAGCGGAUAUGGCCAUCGCUCCCGCAAUGGAGCAUGCGGUGCAGACAGACGACUUCUCUGGAAUUGCGGAGGCAUUGAUCAUGCCCGGCAGGGCCAAGGUUGUGCGGCAUCUUUUGAAGAGUAUGCAAGCCAUCCCCAAUUCUGCCAUACCUGUUGUUCUGCAGCUUCUGCCGACGGACGAGAUUCGAGAAGGCCGCCUAGAUCUGUCUGGCUUUGACCUCUCUACGGAGCAAAUCCAGGAGGUGAUAGCCUAUGCCGGACAGCAUAUAGGAUGGCUCGACAUAUCCUUCAAUCCCAAGGUGUCCGCCACUACGGUGCACAAUGUGAUCAUGGCGUUACCGCGCCUUCGUCGGUUGGUCCUGAUGGGAUGUUCCGGUCUAUCGGGCGAGGACUUGACUGCGCUGUUCCGGCGAGAACGCCACCUGUUUGCGAACAUGGAGUGUAUCGUACAUCCAUUCGUGUUCUCGUUCCAUUCCUCACCGAUGAACUGUCUCUCUGUUGUGACCCUUGCAACCGACCAUGGUGCUGUGGCAGUUAGCGUGCCAUUUGCAACACCACGCUGUAUAGUCCAGAACUUGGUGGACUAUCUGAAGACGUUCAUGCCACGCGAGGGAGUCGUCUUCCCAACGGCGAGUACGAGGCCAUGGAUAGCCAGAGCUGCCUUCGCGGCUGCACCUAGGAGAAGGGGGCAAAGCUGGAAUGAAAGGAGCCUCGUAUGUAUCCCUGCGUUCUCGGGGGCCGUAUUCGAUGGAGAGGGUUGGAUGUUUCUCUUGAAGGAUGACACGGCUCGGGCGCGGAAGACCUGGGGCUUCAUCAGACUUCGCCCGUCUCUGGAAGGCGGUCAUAGGCCCCAUACCGACCCCAUCCAGCCGCACGAUGUCCGUCACGUAGACGACGGCUCUGCACUCACUUGGGAAAUACACGGUCUCCCCUCCUUUCUCGAUAUCAUAUCGCAAGGCCAGGAAACGGCCCCCGACGAGGCUGUACGGGAAUUGGAAGCGACGCUGGAGAGACUGAGGCAAGAACGAGGCUGGGAACUGAUGAACUACGAAGAUAUUCCCGUAGACGAAUUCCAAGCGCUCAGACAGUGACGGCGCAGUGCCAGUACCAGAGAGAUAUGUCUUCGACGCAAGGGUCAGGGCUGUCCAGGAAUUUUGAGGAAGCCAUCACAGUUAUCAUCGAGACCAGAGAUAUACAACCAAGGGUUCAUGAAGGAACACGUAGCGAGUUGUCGGGACUGUCUACCAAGGAAUAUGCGGCUGCGCUCGCGUUCUCACUGAAGCGCAUUCGUCAGUCGUCAUCCGGGGCACAACUAGUCCGAACGCAUCCUCCAUUACAAUUCAAAUCUCGCGACCUCCCAGCAACGAAACACUGGGUUGAUUCGUAUCAAUGUCAUUGA